UUCUGCAUUCUACCACUGUUCGAGUCUGAGAUUUCUCUUCCUAGGACCAUGGCGCCAUUGACGAUGGAGGAGCGCCUGGCUCAAAAUAUCGCGAGGCUGCAAAAUAUCCCUUCGAUUUCGUUGCCUACCGACUACCCACGACCUGUAGGAGCCAACAAACUCGUCGAGGCCGCUCACUUGGCAGAGCUCUCCGAACCUGCCUCUCUUUCUCUUAUGAAAUUGGCGCUGUAUGACGAGAAUGGAGAUCCAGAUGAGGAGGACAGUCAGGACACCCAGCGACCGUCAGCGUUCCAUCUCCUAUUGGCUACAUUUAUCGUCCUUUUGCACCGUUACACCGGAGAGACAGAUAUUGUCAUUGGAUCAUCUUCUGCGUCUGCCAAGGAUCCUCUUGUUCUCCGUAUCUCAGUCGAUCCCUUGGAUCCCUUCUGGGCCAUUGUCCGUAGGGUGCAGCAGGUCGAGCAGGAGGCAGAGUCGAUUGCUAUUCCCUUUGAGGCCAUCACCAAUGCCCUGUACAAGAAUCGGGACCCAUUAACAGAGGGCCCCCUCUUCCGAGUUCGUUUUUUCGAUGAAACGGACCAGCCAGUAGAGAAUUUCAUACGAUCUACAAGCUUGACUUCCGAUCUCACAAUCUUCGUGACACGACCACCAGCAUCCUCCCGUGCAUCCAUCGCCCCACGCAUUUCCCUCCGUAUACUCUACAACUCCCUAUUUUUCACCCAUGCUCGUAUCACAACCAUAGUCGACCAAUUAUCGAGCUUCCUCCGUCGGGUAUCGUCUAAUCCAGUCGCACCCAUUGGCGCUAUCCCACUGCUGACCCCUGCUCAACGAGAAAAACUUCCAGAUCCGACCGCUGACCUCAAUUGGUGCGACUGGAAGGGCGCUAUCACCGAUGUAUUCUCCCGAAAUGCCCGUGAAUGGCCGGACCGGCCGUGUGUCAUCCAAAGUCUACCAGCGCUCUCCCUUUCGGAUCCGCAGGAAAAGAUUACUUACUCGUAUGGUGCAAUAAGGCGAGCUUCCAACAUUCUGGCACACCACCUACUCAAAGGGGGCAUCCAGCGAGAAGAGGUCGUUAUGGUAUAUGCUCAUCGCAGUGUGGAUCUAGUGGUGGCCGUAAUGGCUGUGUUGAAAGCAGGAGCGACGUUCUCUGUAAUUGACCCCGCGUAUCCCGCGUCGCGUCAGAUUAUAUACCUCAGGGUCACCCAACCACGCGGUCUAAUCGUCCUCAAAGGAGCAGGCGUCAUUGCUCCAUCCGUGCGCGAAUUCAUCUCUACGGACCUCAAAAUUCGGGUAGAGGUACCUGCACUGGAGAUCAAGCCAGAUGGUACCAUAUUCGGUGGUGUCGGACAAGACAACGUCGAUAUCUUGCACUCCCUAUCCAAUUUGGCCGAAACCGAUCCAAAUGUGGUCCUUGGUCCGGAUAGCAUCGGUACACUGUCGUUCACUAGCGGAAGUACCGGUAUCCCUAAGGGCGUGAGAGGACGUCAUUUCAGUCUGACGCACUUCUUUCCUUGGAUGGGUGAACGGUUUGGUCUCAACGAGAAUUCCAAGUUUACGAUGCUUAGCGGGAUCGCCCAUGAUCCAAUCCAACGCGAUAUGUUUACGCCUCUUUUCUUUGGUGCCCAGUUACAUGUUCCCACGGCCGAUGACAUAGGAACUCCUGGACGAUUGGCAGAAUGGAUGGCUGAAAGCGAGGUGACGAUUACUCAUUUGACGCCAGCUAUGGGUCAGCUGCUCUCAGCACAAGCAACGCGUCAAAUUCCGUCGCUUCGUAACGCUUUCUUCGUUGGUGAUGUCCUCACCAAGCGCGAUUGUCUCCGACUCCAGUCUCUAGCUGCUAACGUCCGCAUCAUCAACAUGUACGGAACGACCGAGACACAACGAGCAGUUUCCUACUUUGCCAUUCCACCCGUGUCCGUCGACCCUACCUUCCUUGCCACUCAGAAGGACAUCAUGCCUGCCGGCGAAGGGAUGAUCGACGUACAGCUCCUGGUUGUGAACAGGAAUGACAAGAACAUCCCUUGCGCCAUCGGUGAAGUAGGUGAAAUCUACGUUCGCUCCGGCGGCUUGGCAGAAAGCUACCUCGAUGCCGACUCUUCAGCGGAAAAGUUCGUCACGAAUUGGUUCUCGGCUUCUGCCCCGCCAAGGAAAGACACAAUCAAGCAACCUCUGAACAAUGCACUCCCAGGGCCCGAGGCUAGGCACUGGAAGGGCAUACGGGAUCGGAUGUAUCGGUCCGGUGAUCUUGGACGAUACAUGCCAGAUGGCAUAGUAGAGUGCACAGGACGCGCUGACGACCAAGUCAAGAUUCGUGGGUUCAGAAUAGAACUUGGAGAGAUUGACACUCAUCUUAGCCAACAUCAUCUCAUUCGAGAGAAUGUCACGCUGGUGAAGCGUAAUAAAGAUGAGGAAAAGAUUCUUGUUAGCUACUUUGUUCCUUUGGGUGGUGAUAAACUCGAUGAGUUCGCGAGCGACAUCACCGACGAUGAAGGCCCCAAAGGACUGGUCCAUGGCAUCAGGAAGUACAGGCGGCUAAUCAAAGAUAUCCGAGAGCACCUCAAAAAGAAGCUGCCUAGCUACAGCAUCCCCACUCUCUUCGUCCCAUUAAAACGCAUGCCCCUCAACCCUAACGGCAAGAUCGACAAACCCGCCCUCCCCUUCCCCGAUACCGCCCAGUCCGCAACCGCCGCACCCGCCACCGGCAAAGCGACAUCAACAGAAGAGAAAAUGCGCGAGCUCUGGUCUAAAAUACUCCCAAACGCACCCCACCCACUACCAUUAGAAGAAAGCUUCUUCGAUCUCGGCGGGCACUCCAUCCUCGCUACGCGUCUCAUCUUCGAGAUCCGCAAAACCUUCGUAGUCGACGCGCCUCUAGGACUGAUCUUCGACGAGCCCACUAUCUCUGGACUCGUCAAAGCCGUUGAGGCACUGCGGAAUGCGGAUUUGGGACUCACGUACAAGGAACCGGCUACCCCCCUGCCCCAGAACGAUUUCCUUCAGAAGAAACCCGUUGCGACUAUCGAGUAUGGCACGGAUUACGACCAGCUGUUACCAAAGCUGCGGGAGACCUACGCGCCGCUUCCUUCAGACUUCGCCACGAAGCCUAUCACAGUCUUCCUCACCGGUGCAACUGGUUUCUUGGGCGCGUUCGUAUUGCGCGAUUUGCUUUUACGGCGUGAGAGGGUGAAAAAAGUCAUUUGCCUUGUCCGGGCGGGCGAUGGCGAAAAAGCCCUGGCGAGGUUGAAGGAAGGGUCAACGGAUCGAGGGGUGUGGGAUGACGAGUGGGUGAAUUCUGGGCGGCUGGAGGUGUUGACUGGUGAUCUAAGCUUGGGCAACUUUGGUUUGGGAGAGGAGUGGGGUAGGGUGGCAGAAGAAGCUGAUGCUAUCCUGCAUAACGGCGCUUUGGUGCAUUGGGUUUACCCAUACGAGAAACUCCGGGCGGCUAACGUUAUUUCCACGUUGACCGCUAUCGAGCUUGCGUCGACGGGGAAGCAGAAGCUCGUCGUCUUCGUGUCCUCCACGUCGGCUAUCGAUACUGAGCACUAUGUCCGCCUUUCGGAGUCACUGACUGAUUCAGAUCAUCAAGGUGUACCCGAGAGUGAUGACCUAGAAGGUGCUCGAGCGUCCCUGAAAACUGGGUAUGGACAGAGCAAGUGGGUAUCCGAGAAGCUUCUUUUUGAAGCUGGGCGAAGAGGUCUGAGGGGACACAUCGUCCGACCUGGAUAUGUAGUUGGUGAUUCUCAGAGUGCCGUUACCAACACCGACGACUUCAUCUGGCGUAUGGUGAAAGGCUGCAUCCAACUCGGACUCGUCCCCGACAUGAACAACACCGUCAACAUGGUCCCGGUAGACCACGUCGCACUAUGCACCUCCCUAGCGACCGUCUCACCUCUCCCCUCCGCCCCCCUCUCAGUCCUACACAUCACCGCCCGCCCGCUCCCCACAUUCAACGGCAUGCUCUCCUCCCUCACCCAGUACGGCUUCCCCACCGAACAGGUCGAGUACCUCGUCUGGCGGCGGAAGCUCGAGCAGCACGUCAUGGAGGUGCAGGAUAACGCGUUGUACCCUCUCCUGCACUUCGUGUUGGAUGACUUGCCUACGAGUACGAAGGCGCCGGAUUUGGAUGAUGCGAAUGCGAGGAGUGUGUUGGGGCGUUAUACGGAGAGGGUGAAUAUGACAGUGAAUGAGGAGUUGAUGGGGAGGUACCUGGCAUGGUUGGUUAGAGCGGGCUUUUUGCCUGCUCCGACGAUUGAGAAUCCUGCUAAGGCGCUACCAAUAUUGGCGGGAGGUGUUGUAAAAGCUGCUGGGAGGAGUGGCGCAUGAAUUGUUCCUGCCAUUUGUUGUAUAUUUCAAAAAUCCAAAAGUGUAAUAAUAGAGUAAGGCUAGAGGCCUGAUUUCUUCAUUAUUGAGGUCGAUAAUCAGACUCUGGAUAUGAUAUCGUCAACUAUCUUGGUGGGUAGUGUGAGACUCUCCAUGGCAGGAAUUCAUAAUCAGUGUACACAUCAGCGUAUGAGAAGCAAGGAAAAGGGGGAAAUCAUUACGAAAGUGAAGGCAUGCUUCUGUAUGCACGUGUAAACUUCACCAAUAUUUAUAUUCCCUGCUUCGCAUGCUUAGCCAGAAAGUUGUAGUGGUACUUAACGCUGCAAAGAGUCUGCGACGAUGUGGUGG